AAUCGCGUCUGCUGCUAGACACCUUUCUCCAACCUCCGACUGUCCUGCGCACUUUGCGCUCUAGUUGCUGAUCUAAAGCAAGAGGCGAUCAGACAAUAUGGUCGGUGUUACAGCCGAGACAUACGCUCAGCGUCUGUCUGAUGCAAGUCUAGAUGUGAAGACGAAAGUCACCGUCGCAGCCGAGCUACGCGACGUGCUCGAGACCUUCUACUCGGCCCAGGAAUACCCCAAAUUCCUGAACCGAAUCAUGCCCGUUCUGAUUUCGAUUCUCGAGACGCUUCCGCCUAGCUUUUUGACUGUUUCCCCUGAACAGAAACUGCGAAACUGCGUGCUCGAGAUCAUCCACCGUCUCCAAAUGAACGAGGUAUUCAAACCGUACGCGACCCAAGUCAUGCAGCUCCUCAUGGCCGCGCUGCGGAUAGAAAACGAAGAGAACGGAGUUCUCUGUAUGAAGAUCAUCACCGUCCUCCACCGAAGUUUCAAAACCGCGCUCGACGACCAGGUUCAGCCUUUCCUCGAUCUCGUCGUGGAGAUGUACAAAAAUAUGCCGAUGGUUGUGAAGGAAUCGUUCGAUUCUCACGGGACUCAGCCUUCUAGCAGUAUUACUAGCGUUUCAACGCCCAGUAACUUCAACUUCCAAUCACCGCGGCCAAUGUCUCCCUCUCUAUCAAACGAGAUAGGAAGCGAGACUCAGCCCGCAAAGUCACUCCCUAAGAGUCUGUACAGCUUCCGUGUGCUCACGGAAUGCCCGAUCAUCGUCGUCCUACUUUUCUCAACGCACAAGCAAUCCGUCAAUGACAAUCUACCAAUUUUUGUUCCCUUGAUUGUCGAGAUGCUUUCGUUGCAGGCAGCCCCACAGGCGGAAGCCCACACCGCUGCUGCGUCGCGAGGCGAGAUUUUUACCUCCGUCUCUUCUGCGAUCAAAAAUAGGACGGCGUUUGGUGAAUUCAUUACAGCUCAAGUGAAGACUAUGUCAUUCUUGGCUUAUGUUUUGAGAGGCUUUGCACCAGCGCUAAAGAAGUACAACCAUCUGAUUCCGGAUUUCGUCAUCCGGCUUCUGAAGGAUUGUCCUCGAGAGUUAUCCGCCUCACGAAAAGAACUUUUGGUUGCUACCAGACAUAUUCUGUCGACAGAUUUCCGCGUGAUAUUCAUCCCUAAAGUGGAUCUUCUGCUGAACGAGAAGGUUUUGAUUGGCGAUGGUUUAACGGUCCAUGAGACGUUGAGACCUCUUGCCUACAGCAUGGUCGCCGAUCUUCUCCAUCACGUUCGUGCAGAACUGAACCCCUCGCAAAUCUGGAUGACUGUCGAAGUAUAUUCGCGAAACCUACAAGAUAACACUUUAGCUGCAAGCUUCCAGACCAUGAGCGCCAAACUUUUACUGAAUUUGGUUGAGAGAAUCAUGAAGCUUCCAAACAAGGUUGAAGGACGACAAUUGAUAAUCUUCAUAUUGAAUGCCUUUGCUGAGAAAUUCGCCGCGCUGAACAGAAACUACAAAAACGCUUUACUACACAGCUCCGAGAAAGUUGACAAGAGACCGAUCGACCCAAUCGCUAGCAUUACUCGAGAAGAAGAGAAAGGCAAGCCGUUUGAAUUCCCCGACGAGGCAGAAGAAUCGACGGACGAGAAACCCGACCUCGACCAUAUCGACAUCAUGAGCGCGUUUCCUAUCAAGUUGCACCCCGACACUGUUGCGGAUGGAAUGAGAGAUGGGCGAUAUCUUUUCAAGAACUUACUCAACGGAUUGAAAACGAUCAUGUUUGGCUUGAAGUCGUGCAACCCGCCUCCAACAUCUGAUAUCAGCAACAUCAACGCUGCUCAAUGGAACGAGACAGCUCGCGGAUUCAAUUAUGAGCAGGUCUCUAUUUUCCGGACGCUUUUCCGUGAAGGUGCAAACGGUUUCUCAUACUAUGCGACUGUUCGUGACAAGGCGGUUAUCGAUGCACACCGGGCUGGCAGCUACGAUUCAAUUGGACCAAAUAUUCCUAUCACGAGCUCAAAGGAAGAGAAAGAGCUUCUAGAGACAUUUGCGACUGUCUUUAUUCACAUCGACCCCGCGGCUUUCCACGAAGUUGUCGAGACUGAGCUGCCGUAUUUGUUUGAGGCGAUGAUGCGAAACACUUCAUUACUACAUGUUCCUCAAUUCUUCCUCGCUAGCGAGCCUACGUCUGCCAACUUUGCUGGAAUACUUCUGAACUUCCUGAUGGAGCGUUUGCCGGAUAUUGGCAAGGGAGACCCCCUGCGUGCGAAUUUGCUGAUUCGGCUGUUCAAGUUGUCGUUCAUGGCUGUUAACCUGUUCUCGACCACCAACGAGGAAGUUUUCCAGCCGCACCUGUGCAACCUGAUACUCAAGUCGAUGUCGCUCGCUACUACGGCGGAGGAUCCUCUGAAUUACUAUCUGCUACUGCGGACGUUCUUCCGUAGCAUCGGAGGUGGACGAUUUGAGCUUUUGUACAAAGAAUUUCUGCCUCUUUUGCAAGUUCUCUUGGAAUCUCUCAAUCGCCUUCUUCUUACUGCUCGGAAGCCUCAAGAGCGAGAUCUGUAUGUCGAGCUGUGCUUGACGGUCCCUGUGCGUCUCAGUGUACUUGUGCCUCAUCUCAAGUAUCUCAUGCGUCCUCUUGUGAUCUCGUUCACCGGCUCUCAGGAUCUUGUCAGUCAAGGUCUCCGCACGCUCGAGCUCUGUGUCGAUAACUUGACACCAGACUACUUCGACAAUAUUAUCGAGCCAGUGAUUGACGAGGUGAUGCAAGCUCUAUGGACUCAUCUCAAGCCUCUGCCUUAUCCGCACCAGCCGAGUCAUACCACAUUGCGCAUUCUAGGAAAGCUCGGAGGCCGUAAUCGUCGUUUCCUUGAACCGCCUAAGAACCUCAAGAACGAUAACCUGCAAGCUGAUGAUCCCGUUAUCAUGAUUGAAAUCAACGGACUCAACGGUCGCCGCUCAUUCCCGAUCUCUACCGGUCUGGAUGCCGUUUUCCGUGCGAUCGUGGAUUACAGAGCAAACAUGCAUUAUCGUGUCGAGGCAUUCAAGCUGUUGGCGACAACCACCAAGCUCUUCAUUGACUCGUCGAAUCUUGGACCCGAGACAGGAGAGAUUUUGCAAGAGUGCGCAAAUGCCAUUCGGACAGGCAUGAUUCCUCCCGAUCCAAAGUUCUCGUUAUCAAGCACGCCAAAGUCGAUCAAAAAACUGCACACUCAGAAUGAGAUGUUCCUCAAGAUCCUGACAUAUGUGUUCAAUGCGGCUGCAAUCACUUCAGUUCGCGAGGAUGCCGGAAAGCUCAUUGCUGACCUGUGCGAGCACGUCGUCAUGCUCGAAAUUGGCAAAGUUAUUCUCGAAGUCAAGCGCGACAAGCGUCCGUUCCAGGUCACCGACCACGAUCCCCAGUGCCUUGACUUCAGACUUUUGUACCAGGCUAUUUCCGACGCGCUCGGAUCCUACAAGGUUCCGGUCCGCGAGGCCGCAAAGGAGGCAAUCAGAGUCAUCUACCGAUGCUGCAUCGAUAUCUUUGGAGACCCGGAAUCGGCGCAAAAGUUCCCAGUAUUUAAAUAUCUGGCCGCUGUGUUCUGUCAUUCGUGCUUUGAAGAGCCUUGGUACAACAAAGCCGGUGGUUGCCUGGGUCUCAAGGUGCUCUUAACUGAGUUUGAGCUCAAUCGUGAAUGGGUAAUGAAGCGCCAGUCGGAUAUUCUCAGAGCGCUUCUGUUCGUGCUUAAAGAUAUCCCGCCCGAAUUACCCAGUCUUGCUCAGGACGACGCGAAGGAGCUUAUCAAGCAUGUUCUCACGGUCUGCAACCAGAACAUGACUCGGGAGGAACUAUCCACGCGGAUGUUCCAUCAAGUGCUUGGCACUCUCUUCUACGAAGUCUCGAACUCACAUCAGAUUGUCCGCGAGACUGUUCAAGAGUCUCUUCGUCUGCUGUCAACGUUAACGCAAGUGCCGCUGCACGAGCUCUUGUCCUCUGUUAAGAACUCGCUUCUGGUUUCAAUUUACGGAAAACCUCUUCGUGCGCUUCCUUUCCCCAUGCAGAUUGGAAACAUCGACGCGAUGACGUUCUGUCUCAGUCUCGAGAACUCGUUCAUUCAGUUCGGCGAUGAACUACUCCGUCUUUUGAUGGAGGCCUUGGCCCUGGCGGAUGCGGACGACGACGCACUCUUAGCUGCGCCGCAUCCCCAGCGGGCGAUGGAAUACGGCUUCUACGAACAGCUCGUGCAGUUGCGUAUUGUGUGCAUCCGCUUGCUCACGAUUGCUAUGAUGAGCCCAGAGUUUUUCCAGAGUCAUCCAGGUCAGCAGGCCCAGACGCGGGCAAAGAUCAUUGCGGUCUUUUUCAAGACUCUAUACUCUAGAUCGAAGAAGGUGGUCAAUGCCGCAAGCGAAGGGUUGAAGGCCGUGCUUUCGCAAAACCACAAGCUGCCUAAAGAUCUGCUUCAGAACGGAUUGCGACCAAUUCUUAUGAACCUGUCGGACCAUCGGAGACUCACUAUUGCGGGACUAGAUGGCCUUGCGAUCUUGCUUGAACUGCUGACGAACUACUUCAAGAUCGAAAUCGGCACCAAACUGCUGGAUCAUCUCAAAGCAUGGGCCGAGCCGAUGAAUCUCUAUCAGGCUUCCGGCAAGCAGCUCAUGAGUCAGCACAACAUCAAAAUCAUUGCUGCGAUUAUGAAUAUCUACCAUCUGCUUCCUGCCGAGGCCAGCCGAUUUAUGGAGGGAUUGGUGACGACAGUGAUCUACUUGGAGGAGCACCUUCGAAGGUAUCACGAUAGUCCCUUCCGUCCUGCGCUCGUCAAAUUCACAGUGCGCUACCCCAAGGAGACGAUGGAGUACUUUGCUCCCAAGUUGGCAGACCGGAGGUUCGGCAAGAUCUUUGUCCAUCUCGUCGCUGACGAAAAGAGUACAGAGCUGCGCGAGCUUUUGGUCGCGCGCCUGCCCAGUCUGAUUAUGCGGGCGCUGGAUAUCGCGAAUAAUGAGGACAAGUGUGGGGCUGUCGUCAAUAUGAUUUACGUGCUCAGCGCCGUCGCUAAUCAGAAGAAGGACUGGAUCGGAACGCAGAAAGAGCAGCUUGUCUUGCUGUUGCAGAAUGCUAACUGGCUCAGAGUGUUUGCGCGCUCUCGACAGCUUGCGUCUCCUGUGCAUCUGGGUGUUAAGCAAGCCCUUGAUGAGCUGCUCAACAUGUGCAUCCUUUACAGUGAAAAUAAUGAGGACGACAUGGACAUCAUAUUCAAGGUUGUUGACUCGAUUGCUACGAAGAGUAUCGAGGGUACGCCUGCCGUGUACAACUACAUUUUCAACAACAUUGUGCGGUCGCAGUCACUCAAGAAGAGACAAUACUAUCUGACAAAGUCGAUCGAAUACUUCAACCAGCCAGGAGCAUCCACAGCGACCCGGUGCUUCAUUUUCCAGUACAUUGUCAACUCGACCUUGAUGAUGGAAGUACAUCGGUCAGACAAUCUGAACCAGCUUCUUGAAAAGUCAUGGAUCGAAGGUGUUCAUACCAAGAUCUGGAAACCAGCUUUGAGUGAUCUUGUGGAAGACAGCUCAGAGUACCAGGACCUGUACAGAAUCCAGCUCUUGCAGAUGUCUGCUAUUCUACUUCAUCAUGCUUCGAACUCUGUUGCUGAUAUCAGAAAGGACAUCAUCAAAGUUGGCUGGAACUAUAUCAAGCUCGAAGAUGUCAUCAGCAAACAAGCGGCGUCUGUUCUCAUUGCGUAUUUCAUUGUCGCUUAUGAAACGCCGCUCAAGAUCGCUCUCCAGAUCUACGUGCAGUUGCUGAAAGCUCAUCAUAGCGACGCACGAGUGCUCGUGAAGCAGGCUCUUGAUCUGCUGGCCUCCGUUCUUCCUAAGCGGUUCGGAUCAGAGAGUCGAUUCCCGCUGUGGUCGAAGUACGCCAGACGAGUCCUUUCCGAGGAUGGGCACAACGUCAGUCAGGUGAUCAACGUCUAUCAGUUUAUCGUUCGACACCCUGAUUUGUUUUACGAGUCGCGAGACCAUUUCUUUGGCAUGAUUGUGGGAGCCAUGCCGAAGCUUGGAUUCAUGACAAACUCGCCUUCCGAAAACCAGAUUCUGUCCGUUGACUUGGCAGAGUUGAUUUUGAAGUGGGAGAAGACUCGUAUCGGCAAAAUGUCGCUGUCGGAAGACGGAGCAGCAGAGACAACGACUGCGGGAACAAACAGUCCGAUGCCUCUCUCUCCGGAGUCUCGCAAACGAAGAUUUGAGGAGAUGCAGCAAGGAUCACAAGGAUCGCCGGCGCCUAACCAACCCGCCGAAGUUCAAUCGACACAGUCGCCGGCAUCGGCAGGCGAAAACAAGCCUGCUGAAAUCCUGGUACCUUUCUUGAUGCGGGAAGCUACAAUCACAUAUCUCAUUCGCUUCGCAUGCAUUUCUCCACAGAAGGCAACCGAGAAUCCUCUUGCGCGCCGAAUCGUCAAUAUUCUGCACCAGUUCUUGGGACCGGGACUCUGGUCUGAAGUAAACGUCAAGCUGACAUUCUUCGAGCGGAGCCUGGCGCAAAACUCACUCUCAAGCGCGACCUUGGUAUCGUACAUCAAUGCCCUCCAGGUUAUUCGAGUGACACUGGAUCAGAAGUCAGACGAGUGGAUUCUGGCCAAUUUGGAACAGCUGGAAAAGCUGUUGAAUAGGUCUAUCCACUCAGAUGUCGAAGAGGUGCAAGAGUGCCUUCAGCCGGUCUUGGCGCGGAUUCUGCGCGCCAUCAACUCGGCGAGCAGCGAUCAGUCUGGACAAGAGCAGAGCUCUAGCUUUGUUUCUCUGAUCAGCAGCGUGAUUCAGGAGAACUUCAAUAACGGUCAAGCGCUUGUUUCGAGUGUUUUGUUGUCUUGUACGCUUUGCGAGUACAGACCACAGGCGAUUGACCCGCUCCUACCUGUGCUCAUGAGAACUUUUGGCAAGCUCUGCAAAGAUCACAUUAUGGUGAAUGUUCCACAGAUGCAACCAGGAGGUGCUCAGGCGGCAGCAGUGGCAGCAGCAGCAGCAGCGGCGGCGGCGGCAGCGGCUAAUGCAGCCAAUGCGCAUGGAGCGAAUGGCGCGGCGGCAAAGGCUUUGGCUGCUAGUCAACAGGGCGCAGCAGCAGUAGCAGCAGCAGCGGCGGCGGCCGCAGGAAAUACAGGCGGCACACCAGUGGACGGACAGGCUAAUGGGGCGGAGCUGGAGCCGAAGAAGAUUGUCAGUAUGCUGGAGAAAAUUCUACAGAUUGGGGCGGAUCGAAUCUCGCACCUGGAGGAUCAAAGGCGUGUUUUCCUCAGCGUCUUGAGUCAGCUCGUUGAUCGAUCGACUGAUAUUGGGCUUUGCAUGAAGAUUUUGGAGAUUGUUCGCGGAUGGAUUUUCAGUAACUCGGAGCUCUAUCCGUUGUUGAAGGAGAAGACGGGUAUCAUCACCAAAAUGAUGGUGUUUGAGAAUCGUCAAGAUCCUUCGUUGACUGAGAAGUUUUAUCGAUUGGUGGUUGACAUUUAUGAGACGCCAUCGCUGGUUCGUACCGAACUUACCGUUCGUUUGGAGCAUGCCUUCUUGGUUGGAACUCGGAUCAACAACGUCGAGAUCAGAAAGCGGUUCAUGAAGAUAUUUGGCGAUAGUCUGGACAAGUCGCUUUGGAAACGGUUUAUGUAUGUGGUCAAGGAUCAGAACUGGGAUAGUCUCAACGACUCGUUGUGGAUCAAUCAGGCUACUCAGUUGCUGUUUGGGUCGAUACUGCCGGACUCGCGGAUCUAUCUGGGCGAGAAGGAUUUCAAGAUGCCGUCAUUCUACUCACUGACGAGCACUAUCGAGAACCGAACCGAACACAUCAUAACCGACCAGUUUGAGAAGUAUCUGCAGCGUCAUCAGAAAUUCAUGACUGAGAGUGCUGCAAUCACUUGCAAGGACUUUUUCGAGCCGCUUAUGGAGUUAUUCUACUAUGAUGCGGAUGCGGUUCGCAAAGCUUGGGUCGCGUUCUUUCCUAUUGCCUGGUCCACUGUCGGGGCGCGUGAUCGCCAGGACGUUUCUCGCAAUUUCAUCACCCUUCUGAGUAAGGACUUUCAGACUCGACAGGUGGACAAGACACCAAACACCAUUCAGGUUUUGUUGGAGGGAAUGACCAAAUGCGACCAACCGGUUCAGCUUCCUCCUCAUUUGGUGAAGUACCUGGGCAAGACCUAUAAUGCCUGGUAUACAACCAUGCAGAUUCUGGAGGAAGCUGAGCUGCAUCCCCAGACUGACAGUCAAACAGUGAAGGAGAGCAACUUGGACGCUUUGGUUGAGAUGUAUGCGGCUUUACAGGAGGACGAUAUGUUUUACGGACAGUGGCGAAGACGGUGCCAGUAUGUUGAGACGAAUACGGCUAUUUCGUACGAGCAGCUCGGUCUCUGGAAUCAGGCGCAGCAGAUGUACGAGACGGCACAGAUCAAGGCUCGCAGCGGAGCGCUACCAUACUCCGAGUCUGAGUAUAUUCUGUGGGAAGAUCAUUGGAUUCUGUCAGCAGAGAAAUUACAGCAGUGGGAUAUCUUGUCUGAGUUGGCCAAGCACGAAGGGUUCACUGAUUUGUUGCUUGAGUGUGCCUGGCGUUUGGCUGAUUGGACUGCUGAAAAGGAGCCUUUGGAGCAGUCAAUCAAGAGCAUUAUGGAUGUUCCGACUCCUCGUCGCUACAUUUUCGAGGCUUUCAUGUAUUUGCAGAAAUUCUCGCAAAAAGCUGACGGCUCAACCACCGAGCUCUCCAAGUGCUGCGAUGAAGGCAUUCAGCUCACCUUGCGCAAGUGGAAUUCGCUUCCCAAGACACUUACAAAUGCGCACAUUCCUCUUCUGCAAGCUUUCCAACAGUUUGUCGAGUUGCUGGAAGCCUCGCAGUUGUACAAGAAUUUGGUCAGCACAGACGUGAACAAUGUUGAGACCAAGGCGCAGGAAAUGAAAGUGAUUUUGCAAGCUUGGCGCGAGCGUCUUCCUAAUCCCUGGGAUGACAUCAAUGUCUGGGGAGAUCUGGUAGCCUGGCGACAGCACGUGUUCUCGGUGAUCAACAGAUACUAUAUCCCCCUUGUUCCGCAGAUUCAGGCUCAGUAUGGCAACAACUCGGCCACCAACUCGACGUCGUACCGGGGAUACCAUGAGAUUGCUUGGAUCAUCAAUCGCUUUGCUCAUGUUGCUCGCAAACAUGGCAUGGCUGACGUUUGUAUCGGCCAGCUGACCAAGAUCUACUCGCUUCCUAACAUCGAGAUCCAGGAAGCGUUCUUGAAGUUGCGUGAGCAGGCAAAGUGCCAUUACCAGAACCCCAACGAGCUGCGUACUGGACUUGAUGUUAUCAGCAACACGAACCUGAUUUAUUUCACUUCAGAGCAGAAAGCCGAGUUUUUCACAUUGAAAGCUAUGUUUUUCGCCAAACUCGAACGGUGGGAGGACGCCAACCAGACAUUUUCGAACGCGGUUCAGAUCGACUUUGGUUUAUCCCGAUCGUGGGCUGAGUGGGCUUAUUUCCAUGACUGCAGGUUCAAGGCUACAAACAAUAUGAGCAACGCGGCCCACGCAAUCAGCUGCUACAUGCAAGCUGCUGCGCUCUACCGCAACGGCAAAGUUCGUCGGUUCUUGGGUCGCAUCUUGUGGCUCAUUAGCCUGGACGACAGCUCUCAGGUUUUGUCUCAGGCAUUUGACAACUUCACUGGAGAUGUGCCUGUGUGGUAUUGGAUCACAUACAUUCCUCAGCUUUUGACCUCUUUGUCUCAUAAAGAGGCUCGCUUGGUUCGCAAGAUUCUGAUAAGAAUUGCAAAGAGCUAUCCCCAGGCUCUUCACUUUUCUUUGCGAACGACAAAGGAGGACUACACCGUUCUCCAGCGGCAAGCCAUGCAAGCCUCUCAGCGCGAAGCCUCAAGGCAGAGCGCUUUAAGAAACGCUCAACCUGGCGCGGCUGCGAUGCGGAAUUCGCCUUCACUUCAGCAAGCGUCGAUUCCUGGAUCGCCGUUGGUUCAACAUACUAAUAGCAAUGAUGCUGCUAGUAGUCCGCAAAUCGCACCAGGAACACCAGUGAACGCGAACGCGGCGGUGCCACAUAUGAUGAAUCGUCCUGGUCAGCCUGGAGGUACGCCCGUGCCUGCAGGCGGAUCGCCGGCGAUGCAAGCGGCAGCGGCGGCGGGUGCUCAUCCGAUUGCUCCCCUGCAGCCAUGGGAGUAUGUUGACGAGAUUCUCGGAAUAUUAAAGACUGCUUAUCCUUUGCUGUCGCUUUCGAUGGAGACUUUUGUGGACCAGAUCUAUCAGAGAUUUAAGUGCACUGAAGACGAAGAUGCGUAUAGGUUGGUUGUGGCUUUGUUGAGUGAUGGAGUCCAGUACAUGAGCCGUCUUCCGGCGCCGAAUGAUGAUAGCAGGCUGCCUCCUGCUGCCGAAGUUAACAUUUCCAAAUUUGCAGACAGCAUUUUGCCCAAGUACUUGAAGGCUGCUUUCGAAGCUGAUUUUGUGCAUGAAGUGCCCAAUAUCCAGACAUAUCUGAGAAAACUGCGGAUGUGGCGAGACAGAUUCGAAGAGAAGCUGGAUCGUCGGCAGAUGUCGGACAGACUAAACCUGGAAGCGUUGAGUGCGCAUUUGAGCGAGUUCCAUUACCAGAAGUUUGACGAGAUUGAUGUGCCGGGACAGUAUUUGCUGCACAAGGAUUCGAACGCGCACUUUGUGAAGAUUGAACGGUUUUUGUCAAAGGUGGAUAUUGUGCGGGUGCAAGGUCUGUGCUAUCGCCGGAUUACGAUCCGUGGAUCUGACACUCGAACGUAUCCGUUUACGAUCCAGUACCCAGCGGCGCGACAUUGUCGUCGGGAAGAGCGAAUCACGCAGCUGCUGCGGAUUCUCAACAGCAAUCUUGUGCGUCGGAACGAGAGUCGGCGGCGGAACCUGCAGUUUGUGGUUGCGCCGGCUAUUCCGCUGUCGCCACAUUUCAGGCUUGUUCAGGAUAGUCCGGACUUUAGUUCUUUGCAGAAUAUAUACGAGGACUAUUGUCACCGGACAGGAAGGCAGAAAGACGAGCCGCUGAUUUACACGAUUCAGAAGCUGCGACAGGCUACGGAAGCGCGACAAGGGCGGACGGCGGAUAUCUUGACGGACAAGAUUGAUAUUCUGAGUCAUAUCCAAAACACGAUGGUUCCGGCUACGAUUCUUCGCGAUCAUUUUAUGAAGACGUUUAGCUCGUUCAAUGAUUUCUGGCUGUUUAGAAAGCAGUUUUCGUACUCGUACGCGGGCGUGGCGUUUAUUUCAUACAUGAUGUGUUUGAACUCUCGAUUGCCGCACAAGCUGCUGAUUUCACAUACGUCAGGGUCAGCGUGGGCGACGGAGACGCUGCCAUCACUUCCGUCGCAGACGCAGACGCCUGCGUUUUUCAAUGGCGAGCAGGUGCCGUUUAGAUUGACGCCGAAUAUCCAGCAUCUGAUGGGACCAGCCGCGACGGAGGGAUUGUUUUCGCCGUCGGUGAUGGUGUUUGCGAGAUGUUUGACGAUGCCGGAGUUUGAUUUGGAGCAGUAUAUCACGCUGUUUGUGAGAGAUGAGAUAAUUUCGUGGUAUGCAUUCCAGCACCGGCCAUGCGCACAGGAUCAGCAACUGCAAGAGAUUGUGAAGUUGAACGUUGAGAUCAUUUUGAAGAAGACGGCGUCGCUGGCACAGCCAGGCAAGGGCACGAUUCCAGCGAACCAGACGGUGAUUGAUUUGGUUGCGCAGGCGGUGAACCCGAAACAUUUGGCGAUGAUGGAUAAUUCGUUCAUGCCGUAUUUGUAAAAAAGGUGGAUGUUUUUUAGUUGAUUUUGUGUUAUUUUUUUUCUAUUUAGCUAUGUUUUGUUUUAUUGCGUUAUUUAUAUGAUUUGAUGAAGUGU